AUGUAUAUAGGAGAUCGUGCUUUCGAAAACACAGUUUUGAACACACACAUAUCUUUCCCUUCAACUUUGAUAGCAAUAUAUUCAAGUGCAUUUAGAAAUUGUAACAGAAUUCCUUCAAUAUCUUUCUCUUCUUCCACACAAUUGCAGCUAUUUGAAAGUGCCUUUCAAGAUUGCGACUCCAUCACAUAUAUUACUUUCAACACAAAUCCAAGUAUAUCAAUUGGUUCUGAUUGUUUUAAUGGUUUGUCGUCACUUAAUACUAUCCAAAUACCUAAUUGUGUCUCAUCAAUUGAAAGUGCAUGCUUUGCAAACUGUGGACUCACUCGUAUUAUUUUCGAAAACAACAUGAUUACAUCUACUAUAUUAUCACCAUCAAUAUUUAAAGGAUGCGAAAGUUUGACAUCAUUUACAAUCCCAUCCAACUGUUAUUCAAUUGGUUCAAAUGCUCUAUCUGGCACAUCUAUUACACAUCUUGAUAUACCCGAUUAUGUAUCAAUUUUUGAUGUUUAUUGUUUUGCAUUCUGCUCAAGUUUAAGAUCAAUCACAAUCAAGAAUUCUAGUAAGUUGACUUCUAUCAGGCUUGGCGUUUUUCGUGGCUGCAGUAACUUCGAAACAAUCAAUGAAUUUCGUUCAGAAAAUUUUGUUUGUGAGAAUGGUGCUCUAUAUAGUAGUGAUAGAAUUAAGAUGCAUGUAUACCCACCGGCAUCCAAAAGAAAUUACUUUUAUCUUCUGGAAGGUGUGAUUUCUAUUGAAGAUUCAGCUUUCAUAGGUUGUGCCAACCUUCAGGCAGUUCUCCUUCCCGAAAAAAGUCUCGUCAAAAUUGGUCAAAGUUCAUUUGAAGGAUGUAUCAAUCUUCGGCAAAUCACAAUUCCUUCUAGUGUAGUUUCAAUUGGAGAAAAUGCAUUUUCAAAUUGUCCUCUUCUGAAUUGCGGAGCCCUCAUACAAAAUAUUAAUAAUAAAACUUUCAUAAAUAUUCUUAAAAAGAGUGGGUUAGAUAUUUCAUCUGCGAAACAUUGUUCAGAGUUUUCAUGUAAAGCAAAUAUGAUUUCUAAAACGAAUCAUCCCAUCACUGUAAUAGCUGUUUUCAUUUUAAUGUGA